GCUGGUCGCCGCCCGUCAGGCCGGCAGCUCGGGUCGUCUUCCGUCGCUGCGCAGGGAGCGUUUCGCGGGCUUCGGGGCCGGUUUCCGGGCAGAGUAGGUUUUCUCACAGACAAGAAAAAUGGAGGAGUCAGUAAACCAAAUGCAGCCACUGAAUGAGAAGCAAAUAUCCAACUCUGAAGGUGGAUAUGUAUGGCAGGUCACUGACAUGAAUCGCCUACAUCGGUUCUUAUGCUUUGGUUCUGAAGGUGGGACUUACUACAUCAAAGAACAGAAACUGGGCCUGGAAAAUGCUGAAGCUUUGAUUAGACUGAUCGAAGAUGGCAGAGGAUUUGAAGUGAUACAGGAAAUAAAGUCUUUCAGUCAAGAAGGCAGAACGGCAAAACAAGAGCCUUUGCUCUUUGCACUGGCUAUUUGUUCCCAGUGUUCUGACAUCAGCACAAAACAAGCAGCAUUUAAAGCUGUUCCUGAGGUUUGUCGCAUCCCUACCCAUCUCUUUACCUUUAUCCAAUUCAAGAAAGACCUGAAGGAGAGCAUGAGAUGUGGGAUGUGGGGUCGUGCUCUUCGGAAAGCAGUUGCAGACUGGUACAAUGAAAAAGGUGGCAUGGCACUGGCUCUAGCAGUUACAAAAUACAAACAAAGAAAUGGCUGGUCUCACAAAGAUCUUUUGAGACUGUCACAUCUUAAACCUUCCAGUGAAGGACUUGCCAUUGUGACCAAAUAUAUUACAAAGGGCUGGAAAGAAGUUCAUGAAUUAUAUAAAGAAAAAGCACUUCCUGUGGAGUCUGAAAAAUUACUGAAGUAUCUGGAGGCUGUAGAGAGAGUGAAGCGCACAAAAGAUGAACUUGAAGUCAUUCACCUAAUAGAAGAGCAUAGGUUAGUUAGGGAGCAUCUGCUGACAAAUCACUUAAAGUCUAAAGAGGUAUGGAAGGCCUUGUUACAAGAAAUGCCUCUUACUGCAUUACUAAGGAAUCUGGGAAAGAUGACUGCUAACUCAGUGCUUGAACCAGGGAAUUCUGAAGUGUCUUUAGUAUGUGAAAAACUAUGUAAUGAAAAACUGUUAAAAAAGGCUCAUAUACAUCCUUUUCAUGUUUUGAUUGCACUAGAAACUUACAAGGCGGGCCAUGGGCUCAGAGGAAAGCUGAAGUGGUGCCCAGAUGAGGAGAUCCUGAAAGCAUUGGAUGCUGCUUUUUAUAAAACAUUUAAGACAGUUGAGCCAACUGGAAAGCGUUUUUUAUUGGCUGUUGAUGUCAGCGCAUCUAUGAACCAGAGAGUCCUGGGCAGCAUACUGAAUGCCAGUACAGUUGCCGCAGCCAUGUGCAUGGUGGUCACAAGAACAGAGAAAGAUUCUUACAUAGUUGCUUUUUCAGAUGAAAUGGUCCCAUGUCCAGUGACUACAGACAUGACCUUACAGCAAGUUUUACUGACUAUGAAUCAAAUCCCGGCAGGUGGCACUGACUGUGCUCUCCCCAUGAUCUGGGCUCAGAAGACAAGCACAGCUGCGGACGUCUUCAUCGUCUUCACUGACAAUGAGACCUUUGCUGGAGGUGUCCACCCUGCUGUGGCUCUGAGGGAGUAUCGGAAGAAAAUGGAUAUUCCAGCUAAACUGAUUGUUUGUGGAAUGACAUCAAAUGGUUUUACUAUUGCAGACCCAGAUGACAGAGGCAUGUUGGAUAUGUGUGGCUUUGACACUGGCGCUCUAGAUGUAAUUAGAAAUUUCACAUUAGAUGUGAUUUAACUGUAAGCACCAGUUGUGGCCUAAGAGGUCGUCCACUGCCCUCCUUGACUCCUACAAACACUGGCUACUUCCCUGCUAAUAUCAGUGCACUGACGGUGGUUCAGUAUGUGCAGAAUGGGAACUUAUUUCACCCAAAUGAAGGGAAACAAGGAAGAGACGAAAAAGGAAAGGAGGAAGGAACAAAAUAAGAGGUGCCCAAGAUUAUGUACUAAGCACUUGGGAAGUAGGUUCAAGAUACUGUAGCUUCCUCUAUAUACUAGAGAACUUCUGUUGUUAAUAGACACUGUCAAAUAGUCAAACAUUUGUACUUACGAGGUGAGAUCCAAAAGUAUGGGCAGUUCCACAUCACCUGUUUGAGAACUGCUUAUUGUUUUCUUAAACAUUUUCAUUGGAAAAACACAGCUUUGAUAAUGUCCAAUAUCUCUGCAGUACACUAGACCAUGUAACUGUGAGGGGAGAUCAGACUCCUUCAGACUUACACCACAGGGUCCAAAAAAAGUAAAACAUUUGAUUAAAUUAUGAAUGAGGUUUACAAAUUCAGAGCUUUCUAAGAUCACAUAAAGAACAGUUUAUUCAGU